GGAACACAGAAGGCCAGGCAUCUUCAGGGGAGCAAGUCGGAAACGUCAACUUUCCUGCUCUUCUGAUGCUGCCUGGCUUGCUGUGCUCCUCCAAAGGGCUGUUGUCUCGUUAGAGAUAGUCGACUGGUGGCGGUUUAACGUGGCCGUCUCCACACCUCAGGUAAGAGGGAGAAGUCGAGAAGGAGGGACCUUCAAUGGCAACCGCAGCCAGUGCGGAAAUUGAAGCCGUGCUGUUGGCAUCACUGUGCAUUGCAAUCCAGCCAAGUGAGUGAGGUACUCAACUCUGAUCGAAUGGAACCAGACACACUCUCACACGAGCAGUCACCGGGAGACGAAAAAGUACAUCCGGUGCGUAGGUCAGGGUCUGAUGUCAUCUCCGGUUGUGCAGCAGCCAUUUUGUCAAUCCGAGGAAACCUUUCCCGCUCCGUGCGUCCGAAACCGAGCCACUUCACAACAUCCGAAUUAAAAAAAAAUAAAAGCAACACUGGAAAGAACUUCCUUGUCAGAAAAACAAGCCUCCUGUUAUUUUGUUUUCCUCUUUGUUUCAAUUUAGCCUCUGUCGACCGCCCCAGCGAGGCCUCGGCUGGUAGCCACAGCGGGGAGGGUGGCUGUGUGACAUGUCGAACGAGGAGAGUUACAAAGCCAUCAUCCGCUACCUGACCAACGAGAAGGAACCUUAUGCGCCGGGGACCGAGGGCAACGUCAAGAGGAAGAUCCGCAAGGCUGCUGCCUGCUACGUGGUGCGGCGGGGGACCCUGUACUACCAGAAGAAGCGCAAGGACCGCGACGAGUUCGACGAGCUGGAGGUGGUGCUGGAGGCCAAGAGCCGGCGGGAGCUGAUCGCCUCCUUCCACCAGAGCGCCAAGGGCUUCCACUUGACCCGGGAGCAGACCUGGAAGAACAUCUCCCAGAACUACUGGUGGAGAGGUGAGCAAUUUGCAGGGGAGAGCUCAGGCCCUGUAGCCG